UUGCUUUUCUGUUUGCUUUAGCGAAGGGAGACACGUUCACCUCUCACAGUUUUAAUAUGCAAGAGUUAAAUCUCAGAUCUUUUCCUUUUUACUUCUAUGUAACCGUUAAUUACGUACUUAAGCCCAAGAUAGCAAUUAAUUUCAUUUAUGCACUCGCUCGUAUUAAUUUGAUUCCAUGAAAAGUUAUAAGCCACUUGCAUGUAAGUUCCAUUUUGAUUGUAAGUUUUUCAUUAUCAAACUGAUUCGUUUGAUUCAUUGCUCAUUUACAAAAGAAAGAUAAGAGCCUCAACUUUUGGAGUAUCAUUGUUUACAAUGGCUUCUUUCAACAACUUUGUGUUACUGAUUCUGUUAACAAUCACUCUUAUUUUAGUCGCUGAAUCAGCUCAGGAACGACGAGAAAUACCACCCGAAGAAGAGAAGAAAGAGCUGGAGAGGAAACUCAAAGCUAUCAACAAACCUGCAAUCAAGAGUUUCAAGAAUGAAAAGGGGGAAAUAUUCGAUUGUAUCGACAUUCACAAGCAACUAGCCUUUGAUCAUCAUCUGCUCAAAAACCACUCUGUUCAGGUGAAGCCAACAACUGUACCUGAAUGGAUCAUAGGAAGCAACAUUUCAGAGAAAAUUGGUCCCUUGCAGCUUUUGCAAAAGGGGAUAAGUUGUCCACACGGAACAGUAAUUGUUAAAAGGACCACAAUGCAAGAUCUUUUACACGCGCAGCGUUUGAAAUCCAUUGGACUCAAUAUACCAAGGCAUGUUCAUACAGAGAGAAAUAACAUUGAUUUAACUGGACAUCAUUUUGCGACGGCCGACUAUGGAUAUAGCACCGUUUAUGGAGUAAAAGGAAAUCUUAACCUGUGGGAUCUACAAGUGUCACAAGAUCAAGUUAGUCUUGCAAGCAUGGCUAUUGCCGGAGGUCCUAUAGAACAACUCGCCAGCAUUUCAGUUGGGUGGAUGGUGAAUCCAUUGCUAUAUCAAGAUCACAUUCACUUAUAUACCUACUGGACUGUAGAUGGAUAUAACACGACCGGCUGCUAUGACAUAAGAUGUCCUGGUUUUGUGCAAGUCAGCAAGAGGAUACCACUUGGUGUCCUUCUUCAACCAGUUUCAAUUUACGAUGAUACACAAUAUGAAAUGGACUUGAGCUUGCAUCAGGAUCGUGCCACAGGAGAUUGGUGGUUUAUUUUUGGGGGUGAGAACGUUGGGUAUUGGCCAAAAUCAUUGUUCAUAGCUUCAGGCUUAGCCAAAGGAACACAUCUUGCAUCUUGGGGAGGUCAAGUGUACAGUCCAUUGACAAAGAAGAGUCCAUUUAUGGGCAGUGGGCAUUUCCCAAAUGAAGGUUUCAGAAAAGCAGCCUUUAUAAACGGUAUUCAAAUCAUCGAUGGUUCAGGAAAAGCUUUGAUUCCACAAAUCUACACUAUAAAAACCCAUGAGAGCAGUCCAAAUUGUUAUAAGGCUAAGUAUAUUCAUGAUGAUGUUAAUCCUUGGAUAAGAGCUAUAUUUUAUGGCGGUCCUGGAAAUUGCACAGGGCAGAUAUCUAUGAUCUGAUCAAGAUUUUCAAGAUCUAUAAGAACUUAAGACAGGGUAUAUAGGAGAAGUUCUAGAAGUAUGAAAUAUAUUCAAUCAUUCAUUUAUGCUUUUAUGAAUAACCAGGAAUCCGAA